AUGUGUUUUCUUCUGUCACUAGGGAGCAAACCCGUAAGACGCAAGACCAACAAAAUCUUGGCAACAUCUGGUGGAACUGGCCGCUCUCCCCUCAGCAUCCUGCAAGAUGACAAUUCCCCGAGUGCUCCUGCCCCUCGCCAGGGUAAGAGGCAUGUGUUGGGAGAGAACCUUGGAGAGAAGGAGAUGAUAGUGGAUCUGAGCACGAGCCUCAAAUCUGGGAACUGUGCUUGGAGUGACUUGAACAAAGAGAACCAACAGCGUCCUUUUGUGGAGAACUAG